AUGUCGGACAAGCUUACGCGUAUCGCCAUUGUCAACAGCGACAAAUGUCGCCCUCGAAAGUGCCGUCAGGAGUGCAAAAAGUCUUGCCCCGUUGUUCGCAGCGGCAAGCUUUGCAUUGAAGUCGCGCCCGAGUCUCGGCUUGCCUUCAUUUCCGAAUCCCUCUGCAUCGGUUGUGGUAUCUGCCCGAAAAAAUGUCCCUUCGACGCAAUCACCAUCAUCAACUUGCCGACCAACCUCGAGAGCCAGGUGACGCACCGUUAUGGACCCAACAGCUUCAAGCUUCACCGCCUGCCGAUGCCUCGUCCGGGUCAGGUUCUCGGUCUUGUCGGAACGAACGGUAUCGGCAAGAGUACGGCUCUGAAAAUUCUUAGCGGCAAGCUGAAGCCCAACCUUGGUCGUCACGAUAACCCACCCGACUGGGAGGAUGUUAUUAAGUACUUCCGUGGCUCCGAACUACAGAACUACUUCACGAAGUUGCUCGAGGACGAUCUCAAAGCUGUGGUUAAGCCUCAGUACGUCGACCAGAUCCCUAAAGCUGUUCGUGGCCCGGAGAAGAGCGUUCGUGCUCUGAUCCAGAGCCGUGCCAGUCUUGGAAAUGCCGAAGAGGUUGCCGAAGUCCUCGAACUCAACCACAUCAUGGAUCGUGACAUCACCCUGCUCUCUGGCGGUGAGCUGCAGCGCUUCGCCAUCGGCACCGUCUGCGUUCAAAAGGCAGAUGUAUACAUGUUUGACGAACCUUCCUCGUACUUGGAUGUCAAGCAGCGACUGAGUGCCGCCAAAAUCAUCCGCUCCCUGCUCCGAGAUGAUGACUACGUCAUUGUCGUCGAGCACGAUUUGUCCGUCCUCGACUACCUCUCCGAUUAUAUCUGCGUCCUCUACGGUCAGCCUGCCAUUUACGGUGUCGUCACUAUGCCCCACUCCGUCCGAGAGGGUAUCAACAUCUUCCUCGACGGCCACAUACCGACCGAAAACUUGCGUUUCCGCGAUGAGUCUCUCACCUUCCGCAUCGCCGAGGCCGCAGACGACGUUGCCGUCGAUAGGACCCGUGCAUUCCAGUACCCAAAUAUGGAGAAGAAGCUUGGAAACUUCAGUCUGCGAAUCGACUCGGGCGACUUCACUGACUCGGAGAUUAUCGUCAUGAUGGGAGAGAACGGAACAGGAAAGACGACCUUCUGCCGCCUUUUGGCUGGCGCCCUCAAGCCUGACAGCAAAGGCUCCGUUCCCGAUAUGCGAAUCAGCAUGAAGCCACAGACGAUUACUCCCAAGUUUGAUGGCACUGUUCGCCAGCUCUUCUUCAAGAAGAUUAAGCAGGCGUUCCUGUCGCCGCAGUUCCAGACUGACGUCGUGAAGCCGCUCAAGCUGGACGAUUUCAUCGACCAGGAGGUCAAGAACUUGUCCGGUGGUGAAUUGCAGCGUGUUGCCAUUGUCCUGGCCCUGGGAAUGCCUGCCGACAUCUACCUCAUCGACGAGCCUUCAGCUUACCUCGACUCCGAACAGCGUAUCAUCGCUUCGCGUGUCAUCAAACGCUUCAUCAUGCACUCCAAGAAGACUGCCUUCGUUGUCGAACACGACUUCAUCAUGGCCACGUACCUGGCCGAUCGCGUCAUCGUGUUCGACGGCCAGCCCGGCAUCAAUGCUCAUGCGAACAAGCCCGAGUCGCUCCUGACCGGCUGCAACACCUUCUUGAAGAACCUGGAUGUGACUUUCCGUCGCGACCCUACCAACUAUCGACCUCGUAUCAACAAGGCAGGCUCUCAGCUCGAUCAAGAACAGAAGAUGAGCGGCAACUUCGACAGCAGAGCUCUUGAACAGGGCAAAUACGGGCAUCACAUUCCUCCCGCCUCCCACGAUGGAUCGGCAAGCGUCCAAUGUGUGACACAUGCGGACGCUUCUGACGCGAGGCACGGGCUCGGCCUAGCGUUCCACGAGGGUCACGCCGGCGAGGACGACGAUCCGGACGAGUAA